UUCCGCAUAAACUUGUCGUGUUUCUUUUCAACGAUGUUACGUCAUUCGCAUCGGCCCGCUCUAGCGAAAAGUCUUGUUACAUGAACUCUGCCUCACUUUGGGAAUUAAAAUUCCCAACCUGCAUGAAGGAACUUCGCAGGGAGCCGGUUUUCUCUUACUGUUGGUAUAUUUCUACUGAAUUUCGCAUCAUGUCAGAACUUGUGACACUUAAUGUGGGAGGAAAACUGUAUACCACAUCACGGGCGACUUUGGCAUGCUAUCCAGAUUCCAUGCUGGGUGCAAUGUUCAGUGGGAAACUGCCUUCUUCAAAGGACAGCCAGGGGAAUUGCUUCAUUGAUCGUGAUGUCCCUGCGGAGGUGCCUACAUGAUGUCAGUACAAAGAAAAAGAGACUGUGUAUUAAUACAUAGAAAAAUGAAUACAAUAGCAUUUUUAAAAUAAUGUAUCCUUCCAUUAAAUUAUUAUUGUUUCAUAAAAUAAUGUAAAAGAAUGCUGUUUUACUACCAUAUAUGUUAAAAGUUUGUCAUUUAGCCUUUAGAACCUGUUUUGAUCUGGAAUCUUAAUUAGUGUUGGUUUCUGUACAUAUUUGUUCAAUAGUAUACUCUGAGCCCUGUGAAGUUGGUUCAGGAAGAGGCUGGAUGGAAAUGCAACCAGGGGCAGCUUUCAUCAGUUCAUACUGCCUGCUGUUGACACUUUCAUUUAUUGUAGUUAUAACAAAUUACAAAUAAUAUUUAUUAAUUAUUUCCUACAGAUUAUGUGGAAGAACCUAUACUAUAUAAAAAUACUCUAAUCCACUAUUUCCUGAUUCUGGAGCAUUCAUGAACUGCUGGCUUUUGAUAAUAUAGGUUUUAUUUUUUUAAUUAGACUUUGGUUCCAUCCUUUUAACUCCGGGUUUUAUUUUCAAAGACAGGAUUUUUAAUUUAUUGUUAAAUGCGAAAAAAAAAAAAAAAGUUAAUGCAUUAAUGACUGCUGAAAUAUGUAUCACCUUCAGUUAAAAGCUGAAUAGGUACUCGUUCUUAGGAUACAACCUAUAGUAUAUUUCACAUGUUGUGUACACAAUAAGAUUUUAUUAAGCUGUUCUGUAUUUAGUGAAACCUUUGUUUUGCUUCUUUAUUCUGUUACUUUCAAAAAUUGAAGGAGCACAAUCUCUUUAUAUUCAGUUAAUUGUUUAUAAAGAUAAACAUUGGUUAACUGUCAAAAAUUAUUAAUAAAUUUAAAGAAAAAUGCCAUUUGGAUUGCAAUUAGAUUUAUUAGAUACAUAGCAAAGUAGACCUGAUAAUUUACCUGAUUGAAUCUUAAUUUUUAAAAAUAAUAUUACUGGAAAAAGUAGAUUUAUGAACUGGAUGGAUUGAAGUAAAUUAUUUGUGAUAUUUUAUAAUAAAAAAUGGUAAUUUACAGUAGGAAGUUAAUUAUAUACAAGUUAAAAUUAGUAGUUAGGCUUAACUAAAUAUUACUUUAGAUGCUAUAUUAGUAAAGAAAGGAUCUACUACUUUUUUAACUUUUAAAAGAAGAAACCAGACUCAUUUAAUUAUACCUGAAACAAUUUUUAAUACAAUAGUAGUAGGAAAUUUCCUCUACAUAUUAAUGAAUUUAUAUACGUGUGUCUUUAAUUAUAAAACCAUGAUAUGAGUGAAGAAGUAACAGUGUAAAUUAUAAGCAAAUAUAUAAUAAUUUGCUUUGCAGAGAAACAAAACUAACAUCUGGGAGCCUGGGGUUAUGAACAUGAUAUUGGGAGUGAUCAAACUGAUUUAACCGAAAUAAAUUGUGCACAUAUACAAAAGUUCAAACCAUCUGACAGUACAUGUAAAAAUGUAGUCUUUAAUAUCCACAAUUUACUGUACUGGAGAAAGUCAAAGGAGUUUAUGGUCCUGAAGUGUUUUGAGACUUAAACAGUCUCUUCCUCAGGAAUGUUAAGCUUCUAUAACAGUUGGUAAUAUGGCUUAUCUUACAAGAUGGAUAUUGCAACUGAAAAAUGCAUGGAUGCUCAAAGAGGUAAAAGUUAGAAACUUUUAACUUCUAACUUAGAAAAGUUAGAAAGUCUUAAUUAAUUGCUAAUAAUAGACUCAGUUUUAAAGCAAAAGUCUGGUGUCGCAUUGCAACCCUACAUGGCUGAUGAAAAAACUGGCCAAGCUGAAGAAAUCAAAUAUUUUUAAAAAGAGAAGUCAAAAAGUAAUAAAAUCGAUCAAUUAAAAUAAUACCUAAAAAUAACUUAGGUGAAAUAUGUUAGGUCAGAUUUAAUAACCAAAGAGCAGUUAAAUAACAGUGACGAAGCAACACAGGUAUUCAUAUUGUUUUCUAGAUUUUUUUUUUCCAACAAACUAUUUUUAAACUGCACUCAGAUAUUGCACUCAUAUAUUACUCUUGUAUUUGAUGAUCCUAAAUCUAAGUAAUUUGUAUUUACAAUAUAGAUGAAACAAAAGUCAGCAAUUUUAAAGUAUAACCUUGUUCUUUAACAGUGAAUAUUGUAUUUUUUGAAGAAUUUGCAUUUUAGUUUAUAAAAGUUAUUAUUUUACUAUAAUGUUGUUGCUUAAUAAAAUAUUAAUCUUGAAUUUGAUUAAAAAUAAUAAAUAACAAGAUUAAACACAUUAAAUCAGA